UUGUGUUGGUGAGUUUAUCGCAAUGAUUAGAGAUGCUGAAAAUCUUUGUACCAAAUGUGUGCUUGUGUUGGUGUUCGAAAUAGUGUGGUGCUUUGUAAUGGUUCACCGCUCAUUCCAUAUAAGCAGUGUGAGUUUUUUAGGUGGUGACAAUUUCUUAUCUUUGUGGUUCCCAGCAAUCGGCUGUGGUUACUCAUACGACAUGAGGGUUCUCACUUGCGCUAAAUAUGUGGAAUGAGUUAUUUGAGAGUCCUGAAUUAGUUCUCUCUGGUGGACCGCCUCUACGCUCGCGAAAUUUUUAUCAACUGUUACUACAGGAGAGGUGAGUGCAUGUAGAACGUCCACGUCACAUGUCAGACGGAAAGCGUAUGGAAUCUUUGUUAUCUAGCAGGACCGCAUGAAAGCUCAGCGAGCAUUGAAGAGUCGUAUAUACUCGGAAGGUCCUUAUGGUCACUAGCGAAUCACUAGAAGUCUACUAAGCUUUGUACAUUCACUACGGUUUAUCUUAAAAGCUUUUAAUUUGAUGGGAAAGUUUGAUUCCAUGAAUGAAGGGUCCAUAAAAAAUCGUACUAUUUAUUUGUUAGGACUAAUAUGAGGAUACAUACAAAGAUAUGAAAUUUUCAAGGGAUCGAAAUAUAUCUCCCAGUAGGGGAUAAGAAGCAUCUAUAAAAUCAAAUUAAAAAUGCAAUUUCUAUAUUUCAGUAUACAAUAAACGUCUCUUCGCAAAAAAAAAAUUAUGAAGCCAAUGAUGUCUGCUUUUGGUAAAGGUCAAGGAAAAUAUGUGUAAGUAAAUUAAGAGAAAUCGAUGAGUCAAUGACCAUCAGUAAAAGUACCGUUUAUAAAAAAAUCAGCCCUCUAUUAUAUUUGUUGGAAGUGCAUGAGUAUACGUUACCACAACACAAAUGCAUGUAUAUUGAGGACGCUUCCACUUUAGCUCGAUAGGCAAUCAUCGACAGAUAUAUCAGCUGAGUAAGUGUAAACAUGCAAAUGGAAAUGGAACUGCUUGCAGUCAUUCAAGCAUUCUCACUUGCUUAAAUGCAAGCAAACUCAAAAUACUUGACGAUUUCUCACCGAACCCCAAACACUUCCGACAGCAUUCGUCUAAUCGAUAAGAUCAGCGGGCUAUUAAAAAGCCGAAGAAUCAAAACAACAGCAAAAGUAUUCAGCGCAAACAACGAAUCUGUGGCUAAUUAACGCAAGUAACAGUGCAACAGCAACAACAAUAGCACUAAUCGCUAAGUCGGAUGAUGCACGGAGGAAGAGAGAGUGUACUCGGGGAAAAUGCGAUCAAUGCAAAUUCUAAACGCCGGCAGCGAUUGCCUGCGCAUACUUGCGAUUGUCGCUUGCCGGCGAGCGAGCUGCACUGUAUAGCUUUUUAAAUAGAAACGAACCGUAGAAGGACUGAUGCCACUGAUGGGAACUCUCAUGCUCAUUCGAAAUGAAGCAUUUCGCCCGUUUGCUGACACUGCACUUGUUGUUGUUGUAAGUUUUGCUUGGCGUCUUAUACAAGCGCACAAUAAGCACUUGUAGUUGGUGACAGCAAUUAAGUGAUCAGCCAUCGUCGGCACAGCAACAACGCCAAUAAAUCAACAUCAAGGUUGGCGGCCUCAACCACGCAAUCCGCGUGCCACAGGCAACCAAUUUACGUUUGCUUGCAACAUUGGCUAAAUAGGAAACACGCCACACGUACAUUUAUAUAUAUACGAGUAUAUGUAUGUAAGGGAUGGUUGUUGAAACUUACAUAAAUUUGGGCCAGGGAAAUGUCGCGUCCAUUUGUCUUCGACUACCUGCUGCUGCGGUGUUGCCUCUGUAGUCAGAAGUUACUGAUUUCUUCAUUCCUGUGGAAAAUUCUCAAUUUAAAAUUAUGCAGAUUAACGGUGUGCUUAUUUGUCUUGAUUAAAUAAUACCACUGAAUUGCUAAGAAUAAGACAGUUAAAGCCGCAGCUUGAUUUCCAUUUUCCAGUCUCUCCAUUCAUUUUUAACAACGCAAUGCCGAAAAAUGAAGACUCGGCAAAAAGUACAGAAGCUUAUGUCUCAAAAUGAAAAACAUAUCAACGAAUAAUAAAAAGUAUCUCCAGAUUACGAACCCUUUUCAUCUUUGGAUUCGCCCCGCUUCGUACGAGAGCAGAGCUGAUUCAACGUGGGUAUUUUCACAUAACUGCAGACGCCUGGAUUUGUCCCUAAUCAUACUUUUAAUACCAACUGCUCUUUGCUUUGGCUUUAGAGCUUUACUACACACAUUCAAGAAGGAAAAUAAAUCACAAGAGAUCAUUGAAUUAAACACAGAAUAUGCAAAGAAUGCUACUACAAAUAAAUGAUGGCCUUCGAGCAAGACCAGCGGAUCUCUAAAACUACCUAAUUUUACUUUUCAAAUAAACUUCAAUUAAACUUAUAGAAUUAUUACCGAAGUGAUAUGCUUCUAAUUAGUUUUGAUCGGGUUUGAAUGUAAAUAAUUCCACAUUUUUUAAGAUUAUAUAGUAUAUUUGAUGAUAAAAUGAAUAUCUGUUAUAGAAAAUUUUACGUAGCUUUUAACGAAGGUUGCAAUAUUUUUUAUUAUCAAUAAAGUUAACCCUUAUAUUUCAUAAAUCUUCGCAACAAUAUCCAGGUGAUCCUCCGAACAGCAGCAACAAAAAUUACAAAAGCACACAACAACUCAAAAUAACGCGAACUAACAAGCUCUGACUUCAAAGAAAUAGAAGCGAUAACGAAACGGAAUGGAAAUGAAACAAUGGUAAGCGCUGAGCGCGGUGCUGAGAGUGGCACUAUGACAAGAAAACAAGCGACCAAGAAGUUGUUCAGGCGCAGACAAAGAAGCCCGUCACACAAGCGCGAUCGCGAAAGUCAGCUGGGUGUGUAUGUGUAUGUACACGCGUGAAAGCAUUUCCACGGCCAAGACGAGUAGUCAGUACCAAGCGACGAGCAAGCGAAAGCCAACCAAGAGAAAAAAGCAAAAAAAAAAAGACACCACAGUAGAAGCUUGUGGCUGCUAGUAAGGUUGAUAGAAGUGGUAGCAGCUACUCGGAACGAAGAAGCAGCAGCGGUAACGGCCAAAGCAGCAACAGCAGCAGGCAAUGGCAACAGCAAUAGCAACAGCGAAAUGGGAAAAAGUUUUGCUGCUUAGCGGUUUGGGGGAUAAGCGUUGGUUUCACUUCAGCACGCCGCACAGACGUUCCCAGUUGCUCGACGUAGACGUUACGUUUUUUCGAAAGACGCGGAGAACGUUCGAUUCUUAAAACUCAGAUUUGUGUUGUCUGCUACAUUUCUGUUCAUUCAAAUUUCUAUUCACUUUGACCGGAUUAACAGUGGAGUACAAUCGAAAGUGAGCAAGCAGUUUUAUACUUAGAAAACAAAAAUCGAAAAUAAAGCAAAAAACACAAAAUAAUCGGCCAGGAAUCACCUGUAUUUGGAUAACAGUUCUUCGUGAAUUUCAUCAAAAUGCAAAUCUGAAACUAUUUGUUACUAAACUGGUGUAAAAAAACUAUUGAAGUUUGUGAAUUGACAUAAAAAGUGUGAACUGGACGUGAAUUAUAAAAUAAAAAAAGUAAAAAAAAAAAACAAUUAAAAUUUCUUUUUUAAACUUUAACUCUAGAAAAUUGUGUGAGAGGCAUAAAACAGGUGUGUUCUGUAUAAAGCUGAACAAAAUUUAAAAUUUUCUAAGGAAAAUCGAAAAAUGUCGCUGACUUGAGUUUCGCUGGCGUCAAACGCCGCCACCAGUGUGAAUUGAAAUAAAAUAGAAGUACUUAAAAGCUUUUCGAAAUUUCGUGGGUUUAUCUUACUGACACUCGUAAAUGUCGUGUGAGAGCACGCUGCAACAUCACCACCUUCAACUCAUACCAGCACCAAGCCAUCAAUGUAAUCACAACAACAACAUAAGCAAGUAAACGAAAAGUGAAAGUGUGAAUUCUGUUGUGUGCUGAAAAUUUCCAACUUUCAAAACGCAAGAGAGCAAUAAUAUAUAUUUUUACAUAUACAUAUGUAUGUACAUAUGUACAUAUUUUGACGAAACAGAAAAGGAAUAUUCAAAAGAACUGUGUUUUAAAUGUGGAUAUUUCGAUAACUAAAACUCUGCAUUAUAGCAACAAGAAAUAAAAAUUUUAAUAGCAAUUUUGGAAAAAAAUUAACUAAGGAUUUUUUAAUUAAAAACAGCCAACUGCGGCCGAUUUGAGCCGCUCAACAGUCUCCAAACUGCUUGUGGAUUAUUAACUGUGCAACAAAACAUACUUGCAAACAAACGUACUCACAUAAUCGCUGUUUUCUUUUCACCAGCAAUCAUUGCACCAAAAUUCACAGCAAACAGCAUCCAUGGAUAUGGCCGCCAACGAAAUCAUGGCCGCCAAUGAGAUUAUGGCGCCCAAUGUCAAUGCCAAUUGCCAAUAUUCGACACGAUACUGUUGGGAGGCAGAGAAGGUCAAAACAUUAAUCAGAUUACGUGCGGAACUCUCACCGCUAUUCACAGGCAAGCGUAAUGCCUCCAAAUAUGCUUGGGCGGUCGUGGAGCGCAAACUCAAUGUCCCGCUGCCACUUUCGAAGAUCAUCAAAAAAUGGAAUAAUCUACUGCAAGAAUACAAAGCCAUUAAAAUGUCCGAAGAGCCAAAGCGUCGCGAAUGGCCCUUCUUCACACUGAUGGAUGUCUAUUUCAGCGAUCAGGUCAACGAUCCUUCGUUACGUCUCUUUUCCUCUACCAAAACGCUACGCGAGACAAUCGAUGACAGUGUCUUCGAAGAGGACCCCAUUAUUGUGUCCGCCAUAGAGGCAGCUACUUCAGGCGCUUACAUGGACAUUGAUGAGCUCAUACGCCGCCAAAAAGAACGUGCCGAAAAGAAAUACGCCUUGGCUGGCGGCGGCAUUGGCGAUUACAAAUACGACAUCAAACCGAUGUUGCAGAACAGUAAAUUUAACAGUAACGAUACGUUGAAGCUAUCGAAAAGCGUCGAUGACUUGAGCAUGCAACAGUACAAAAUAAAAGACGAACUCAUGCGGCAGCACGAGCAGGAGCAACAGGAGAAUAUACUCAAGAUCAAGCAGCACGCACGUCAACAGCAGCAGCAGGCUCAACAACAGGCGCAGCGUGAGCGCGAGCGUGAACGCCAGCGUGAACAACAAGCUGUGCAGCAACAACGUUUCUUACAUGCCGCAGCUGGACAACAACAAUUGCCGCCACCACCGUCGCCGCAUGCAGUGCAUCGCCUGCCACAGCAACCGACACCACCACCGGGGCUGCAACAUGCCUUGCAGCAGCAACAUCAACAUUUGUUGCAUCAACACCAACAGCAGCAGCAGCAGCACCAUCUUCUCCAUCAACAACAGCAGCGUCAACAGCAAUUACAACAACAACAACAACAGCAACAACAGCAGCAGCAACAGCAGCAACAACCGCAGUCGCAACCGCAGCAAUUGUCACCGUCGAUUGUACUGCCACCGCCACCCACACCACCCACCACAGCUCAGCAGAUACACAUACAGACGGCCCAACACCAAGCCACUCAACAGCAGUUGCACUUGCAACAGCAACAACAGCAGCAGCAACACAAUCCGCAGCAUCCGCAGCAGCAACAACAAGGGUACACCGAUCCCAACACGAUCGACCAGUACCUCCUGUCGUGGAAUAACUUCCAUGGCAAUAUGUGUCGUGGCUUCCACACCCUACAAAAGGACGAGAAGAUGGUGGACGUAACGAUCGCCGCGGGCGGAAAAAUUUUCAAAGCACACAAACUCGUACUAUCCGUUUGCAGUCCAUACUUUCAGCAAAUAUUCCUUGAGAACCCCUCCAGUCACCCUAUUCUUUUAAUGGCUGAUGUAGAAGCUCCUCAUAUGGCUGGUUUACUGGAUUUUAUGUACAGUGGACAGGUUAAUGUAAAAUACGAAGACCUACCUGUUUUCCUAAAAGUAGCUGAAGCAAUGAAGAUCAAAGGACUGCACACCGAGAAAAACAUGAACGAUGAUAAGGAAAAUGGCUCUUCACAAGAUGGCGACUCUCUGGCAACACCAACCGGUUCUGGUACUCAAUGUCAUUUCGACCGUGCCACACACAGCGUUAACAUUACAGGUCAUCCAUAUGGACAAUCCCCAAUACACCCGCAACAGCCACCCCAACAGCCAUCUGCACCACCGCCACCACAGUCAACCGCCCAGACGGCGAUUGAACAUGGCAUGAACGGUACCGGCGGACCACUUUCACCAUCGCCAGGUUUUGCCAGCUUCCGCGAUCACAUCAAAUCUAAAGCCAGCUUCGCGGAAACUUUUAUGAAGAAUCUAAGUCGCAAUAACAACAAUAACAGCAGCAUUAAUAAUUACAAUAAUUUGAGCAACGCGUUGCCGGAGUCGACCGCAGUAACACGGAAGUCGGAUAAUUUCGCCAUUAUACAAGCGAAUAGCAAAAAGAUCUUAGACACAUCAAAGAAACCACAUAAAUAUCUCGCUAAACGGAAAAUAUUGAUGCAUUACAAUGAGGAGCUGAAUGAGAAGCGCAGGAAGGAGAUGGAUUGCUACAGCGUUGACACAGAUGUGAACAGCAAUUUGGAUGUCACGCUAGUGGAAACAAACAAUACGACAUCGGAGACCUUAGGCUUAACACCAGCAAUAUCGGUCAGCGCUAUAAGUAACAGUAGCAGCAAUAACUACAAGAUACGACUCAUGGAGAAGCAUCAGAAUGAUACGGCUGCCCAAGCAGCAGCUGCCGCCGCCGCUGCCGCUAAUACUGUCACAUCAAAACACAACAACAACGACGACGCAAUCAAUAAUAACGAGUCACAUACCACUAAGGAAACCACACCGCUGGAAGAGGAAGUCACAGAAGCAUUAAAUCUCGUGCAAAAUUGUACCACAACCAGCAGCUCGUACGAUGGUUCGAAAGCCGCAACCGACUCGAGCGAAAAAACAAGUUUCAAGGAAAAAACGACAACUAGCAGCACCAUUUCCCCGCUUGUGCCUUUAAUCAACAUCAAAGUGGAGCAGCCCGACUCGAGCUACAAUAUGGGAAAUAUGAGUAGUGGCCUAAGCAGUGGAGCUAGUAGCAGCGGCUGCAGCAUUGGUGGGCGCAGCAGUACGAGUACAUCAGAUGAGGAUGAGCUGGAGCGCGAGCGUGAACGAGAACUGGAACGUGUGUUAGAACGCGAACGGGAGCAUGAAAGCGAGCGCGAACGUCAACGCGAGCGCACACUUGAUCGUGAACGUGAACACGAGAGGGAACGCAAUCAAUAUCACACUGAUUAUAAUAAGGACGAAAUGGAGACAGAUCCCAAUAAUAACAACAGCAAGGACACCGCAAACUUGAAUAAGAACGUUGCGCUCAUACACGCAAUUACACGCAAUUUGGAACAUCCUAAGAGUGACAACAACAAUAAUCACACAGAACUAGAUUUAAGUAAUACGCAUUUAAGCAGUUUGGGAUUGGUAGCCGGCAUUACCGACAACGAGACUGUCAAGAAUAUAGCGACAGCUGAGAUCUUGUGCGGUCUGAAGAGUAAAGUCUUCAAAAUGGAGAAACUAGACGAGGAUCGUGAGCGGGAACGUGAGAAUUGUCGUAGCUUGAGUGAAAUAAAAAAUGCGGGUGAUUGACAAUUGAGCGCGUUGACACGAAAAGCCCAUUAAGGAUUGGGAUAAGCGGCCGAGUGAAAGCAUCAGCCCAAGGCAUACAAAUUUUAUUGAAGGGAUGGACAGAUUUCGAACAUCUGCGGUAAGACAUCGUUUCGACGUGGAAAGUGUCCCUCAAGCGUUAGUUUAGUUGAUACGUUGAAAUGCAUUUGUUUAUUAUUUUUUAUUAUUUUUGUUAAUUGGUAGUUAUUUAUUUUUUACAUACUCGUACAGAGAUACUUACAGGUAUGCAUGCAUACAUUGCUCUACUUUCUCCAUUAAUUUAGUAAGUACGCAUGAGUAGUUAGAUUAAGAUACAACUAAUAAGUUUAUGUUAAUGUGUGGAAUAGAUAAAACUUAGAUUUAAGCAGCGAAAAUGUUGAUAAAUAAAAAUAUGGCAAAUUAAUAUAAGAGAGUAAACAGAGUUGACAGAAAACGACAAAAUACAUAUUUCCCUGCUUACUCAAUUAUAAGAAGAAACCAUCCAGCCCUUUUGAUCAUAAAAAUUUAAUAAGAGCAUCUCAGCGCACGAAGGUACACCAUUAGCCGAAUAUACGUAUUCGUUGACUUCGAAUUUUGAUCUUGAGAAAAUCUAAAUUGUGUUAUAAAGCUAGAAAUUCAGUCGAAAGUGUCAAUAUUGGCAGACAUUUUUGCAUAUAUGUAUAUCUCUUCCUUUUUGUACGAUAUUUAAAGGAAAUUUGCUAGUUAAUAAACAAAGAGAUAAAGUGAAACAUUUAAAUUAAAAUAGAAAUAGUAAUUAUUUUACUUUACCUGAUCAACUCGUAAAUUAUAUGAAAACAUUAAAUUAAAUAUUUGAUAUCACUUUGCUGCAGCUUAACUUGCCAGCUCUAUUUUUAAUACUUAAAAUACAUUUUAUUGUUAAACACCAGGGAAACUUUUAAAACUUUAAAGGAGUUUAGGAAUUUCAAAGAACGUUUUAACCCAUAAAAUCCUCAAAAUAAUAACAAGUAUUAAUUUAAUGCACUUAAAUAAUACAAUAAUAACUUAUUUAUAUUAAUAUGUCUUAAUCCCACUAAAACCAUUAAAAUGGUUACAAAAACGCAUUGAGCAGUGCAAGCAGAGCUUAUGUUAUUAUUUCAGGAAACUCUGCUCCGAUUCCAUAUAAAUUUUUUUUUAAUUUUGUUACCAUAAAAUAUUGUUGUUUGGUAGAUUCCCGAUAAUCAAUUAAUAAUCAAUGUACUUUUCUGAUGUCACUACUUUUCUGCAAUUUUAUAAUAAUAAUUAAUAUUUAUUUCAUCUCAUUUGCUAUUUAUUGUCGUAUGUUAUCGAACACAAAUCAAUUAUUCAAUUAUUUUUUCGGUAUAUAUUACUAAACUAAAUCUAGAUUUCAUUAUUUUUAAUAUUCAUUCGCAAGUACUAUAUAUGUAUGUACAUAUGGAUGUGAAAAGUUCACAUUAAAACAAAGUUUCGUAAUUUAAAGCAAACAAACAUGCGAUUAAGUAUUUAUAUAUGCAUCGGCUGUUUGAAGAACCCCCAUCCCACAUGUAUGUAUUUAUAUUAGCAUAGUAAAGUCUAUACAUAAAUACAGACAGGAAAAGAGAAAAAUUCACCCAUUCACCACAUUGAAUAAGAAUAUGUAAUAUAAUAUAAAUGUAAAGUCCGUGCGCUAUAAUGCACCACAGUGCCUUUCAAACUACAGUGGCUCUCAAAACGUUGAUUGAAUGCCACGUUAGUGUUGAACAAAACGUACCGAUCGGUUCUUAAGUCGUGUCUUUGCAGUUACGUAUUUUUAUAUUGCCUGUCAUUAUCGCAUGUGGCUAUACAAUUUUUUAUGUUUAUUUAUUGUUUUUACCUGUAUUUAUGUUAUAUAUAACAAGUAAUCGUACAUUCCAACAUGCAUUACAAAUGAUGUACUCAAUUCGUUCAUAAUAAGUUAAUACACAUUGUACAACACUUGCAUUCUUUUGAUGUAUGUAAUCGUAUUAAAUAAAUUACAAACAAUUUCGAAGCGUAAAAAAAUACGUUUAAAAAUUGUUAAAUAAAUAAUGCGUAAGUUGAUUUUUAUGAAAAUGAAAAAUUUAUAAACAAAUAAAGAUUAAGUCUUGUUUUAUUUUCACGAGAUUGCAAUAUUUAUUUUAAAUCAAUCAAGUCAAGGAAUCACACCAUAGCUGAACAAUUCUUUGAUGUUCUCUGUCUGGCUCAGGUAUACGAAUUAGCGCCAUCUACUGGCGUCCUUUUUCCAAAACUACUUUAUUGAAGAUCCCUACCAUCGUGUGAGAGGAGAAUCCUUCAAAAAUAUUUAUUUCACACCACGACUCUUAAACCAACAACUUGCUGAGGCAUUCAGCAACGCGGCGAAACCUACAUCUUUGACGAUGCGAUGGUUUGAACAGGGUGUGUUUCACUUAUACUGUUGUGCGUAUAGAGGUGUGUUAAUACAUGCAUAGACACAAACAACCGAACAUUUGACAAUAGGCGGUUCAACAGCAGGAUAACAACUAGAAAAUCCACCACAAUAAAUGCACUCAUUUAGGAGCAGGACAUGCGCAUUCGCCAAGUCAUUGAACGAUUCCUUGAUAUACAUAUGUUUUAACCACUCAAAUAUCGAGUUCGCUGCCUGACAGGCAUUCAGUUGCU